AUGCACACUGCUCUGCGAGGUGCGAUGCUCGCGACAGUGGAAAUGCGACCUUUGUUGAAGACGAAGGGGGAAGCAGGUUCAAUCGUCACAAUGGCCCGCCGUCCAGCCCGUUGCUACCGCUACUGCAAGAACAAGCCCUACCCCAAGAGCAGGUUCAACCGUGGUGUACCAGAUGCCAAGAUCCGCAUCUUCGACCUCGGUCGCAAGAAGGCCAACGUAGACGACUUCCCGCUCUGCAUCCACUUGGUCUCCAACGAGUACGAGCAGCUGUCCUCGGAAGCGCUCGAGGCCGCCCGUAUUUGCGCCAACAAGUACCUUGUCAAGGUCGCCGGAAAGGAAGGUUUCCACAUGCGCGUCCGUGUCCACCCGUACCACGUCGUCCGCAUCAACAAGAUGUUGUCGUGCGCUGGUGCCGAUAGAUUGCAGACGGGUAUGCGUGGAGCUUUCGGUAAGCCCAACGGGCUUGUCGCUCGUGUCAACAUUGGCCAGAUCCUCAUGUCCGUCCGGACGAGGGACUCGCACCGCGCCACUGCCCUUGAGGCUCUGAGGCGAUGCCAGUACAAGUUCCCCGGUCGCCAGAAGAUCAUCGUCUCCAAGAACUGGGGCUUCACCCCCCUCAAGCGCGAGGAGUACGUCGAGCAGCGCCAGGCCGGAAAGGUCAAGAUCGACGGUGCUUACGUCCAGUUCCUCCGCAACAAGGGCAACCUUGCCGACAACAUCCGCCGCUUCCCCACUGCCUUUGAGCAGACUGCUUAA